AUGGCUCUUGCACAAGCACAGCAAGCGUACAACAAUGUCUGCCAAAUCGAAUCUCGUUUCCUCUUCCUUGUUGCUGCAGUAUGCAUGCUAGCAGUGAUGGGAGCCUCGUGGGUUUCCAUGGAUUGCGUGUGGGUGAGGAAGGAUGGAGAAGGCGAGGCGCUGCGCGUUCCUCUCCACGAUUCGAAGCAUCUGAUGGUGGACAGCAUUGCGGCACACUGGGGACUGGACGCCGCCACGCUCCGUGUGGGUCAGACCGCUCUCUUCAAGGACGCGAAUGGGAAUUCGGUGAUGACGGUGGAGCAAAUCGCUGCCAAUUCCAAUGCCCAUGGCGAUGGCCAGUCCCAGCAGAAUCCCCUCGUCAUCACGGGUAACAGGAAUCGCCUCUCCCAGGAAGAAGCAGAGGCGGCAUUGGCCAAGACGAAGCUCGGGAUUGGAAUUGCGAGAGCUCGCGAGCAGCGGAAGGAAGCAGAUCGCCGCAUCGCGAUCUCCCACCUGUGGAAUGAUGCGCUGUGUAGAGAGUUCUACCUCGGAUCAGCGAUGUAUUCCUAUUCCAUGAAAGGCUUGGUUGGCGAGCCUCCGAGUGUGUUGGGAGAGGUGGUGGGCAGAUUCGUCGGUACAAUAAAUGUAGCUCGCAAGACAGAAGCUCCCAGCGACAAGAACUGCAAGGGAAUGGUGGCGCUUAUCAGGCCAGAUGGAAGCUGCAUCACUGCUCUCCAAUGCAUCGAAGGGAUGUUUAGUGGCAGUGGCAAGGCGGAAGAAAAGGUGAUCGUGGUGAGCUUUCCACGCAUCAAAGGAGGAGUUUUGUACGAGUGCAAGGUUGGUUCUCGUCUGUCUUCCUCGGUGGUGUGCCUGGAGCCGCAAGCCCACUGCUUGCAAGAAUUUGAAGGGUGCUUGAAAAUGGAAGUAAUCAGUCUCCCAUUGUUCCAGCGACUGUACACGUUUGGUGGCCACAAGUCUAUGGAUCUUAUCAACGUCUUCUCGGUGGAUCCAGAGGCUUUUCUGCCUGUGUCGGCUGUGCAAGACCUAGGUGCCCCCGUGUUUGCCGAUGGAGGAAGCUUGAUCGGUGUUGUUACAAACACGUUCCUUGGGAAGCUUGGUAGAGGAGACACGGACAGGAAGCGCAAGCUGCAAUCUUUUCAAGGGCGGCAUCUGGAAUGCCAAAAGACUGCAGACUUGGACAAGGAGUUUGAGCAUGCAAGGCUUUAUCGCAAUGUCUCGGAAGAGAUGCAUGACGUCUACUUAUGGGCAAAAGCUGCCAUCCAUCUGAACCGGGUUGUGCAGUUUGCUCCAGUGACGUGGAAGACACCGAUUGAUGAAUGGAAGGAAGCUCAUCCAGUUGAAAGCUUCGAGAAGGAUCUCCCUCAAGAGCUUCCAAGCAGGAGAUCCAAGACCGGAUCAGCUCCUAGAAGGUCAGCUCCUAGAGCAAAAACCUGUGUACUUGUCUAGAGAAACAAUGCUUGUCUACUCUG